ACACGCAGCCGCCACACUGACACUGGAACACGGCCACUCCGGACCGGACCGGGGCUGCGCAAACUGCCCUGUUCUCCAUAAAUAUCGCGAUUUUAUUAAGCGCUGCAGAAAACACUAGCUGCAACAUUCAACGCUGUUCGCAUAUGGACAGAGAUGAGCAGACCAAGCUUUUGUGACGCUGGCCACAAACGACAGCUACGCCAAGGGAGCGAUGGUUCUCGGCCAGUCGUUACGAAACCACAACACAACCAGGAAACUGGUCGCACUCGUAGGACCUCAUGUUGCAGAGCCUUGCAGAGAUGCACUGCGCUCCAUUUUUGACGAGGUGCGUGUGGUGGACGUUAUGGACUCGGGCGAUGCGGCUCAUCUGUCCAUGAUGAAGCGUCCGGACCUGGGAGUAACAUUCACAAAACUGCACUGCUGGACUCUCACACACUAUAGCAAGUGUGUGUUCAUGGACGCAGACACAUUGGUGCUGUCAAAUAUAGAUGAACUCUUUGAGAGAGAGGAACUAUCUGCAGCGCCAGAUCCUGGUUGGCCAGACUGUUUCAACUCCGGGGUGUUCGUCUUCAGACCGUCCAAUGAGACGCAUGAGAAGCUGCUCACGUUCUGCAGUGAAAACGGCAGCUUCGACGGCGGAGAUCAGGGGGUUCUCAACAGUUUCUUUAGCACCUGGGCGACGGCAGAUAUUUCCAAACACCUUCCCUUCAUCUACAACCUCAGCAGUAUCGCCAUCUACUCCUACCUGCCAGCUUUCAAACAGUACGGCCGUGACGCCAAGGUGGUGCACUUCCUGGGCAAGGUGAAGCCAUGGAACCACUCCUACGAUGCUCAGAGCGGCGAGGUCAAAGGUCACUCUCUGUCCCCGGACCUGUGCCAGCUGCACCCCGACUACCUGCUCAUGUGGUGGCAGCUGUUUGCCAAAUCUGUGCUGCCUUUGCUGCAGCAGGCCUACGGGGACACGCCCUUCAACAGCGGCUUCGUAGAGGCGAGCGAGGACGGUAAGCUUCAUGAGGAUGUGAGAGAGCAACCCGAGCCCUUUUCUCCUCCUCCCCAGAAGGUUUCAUCAGAAGAGCGGAAGCAGCGCUGGGAAGCGGGCCAGAUCGACUACAUGGGUGACGACUCCUUCGCCAACAUCGAGCGAAAGCUUGACUCCUUCUUAAAGUAGUGGCUAGGCGAGGGAGCAUGACGGACAGAGAGAGCACCGGUUGAAGCUCUGUGUGUGUGGAGAUUUAAGCACUGCUCUGCCAAUCACAGGGGCUUGAUUAGCAGGUGACUGGAUGAAUGCCACUGUGCAACUUUCAGCCUCACUCCUUACAUUCUGUAAGCGUGUGUAUGAAUGACAGAGUUUGACACAAUUCCCAUGCACUCUUACCAUUCAUUUUUUCUGUCAAAGGAAAAGUUUGACAUUUUGGGAAAUUAGAUUUCUCACAGAACGUUAGAUGAGAAGAUUGAUACCACACAUGUGUGUAUGGUGAAUAUGAAGCUACCGCCAGCAGCUGGCUAACUUAGCUUAGCAUAAAGACUGGAAACAGCUAGCCCCAUCUGUGACCUCAGAACUGUGUACAUUACUCUGUGAUUUGGUCACGUAUGAAAACCUAAAAAAAGAAACACAUAAUAUCUUAAAAGAUAUUUUCGCAAUCCCACAGAUGUUGACUGUCUGCCUGUAAUAAUAAAAUGCCAAUCCAGUGUUUAAAUCCAAUAUUUCCACUGACUGCAUUGUACUACACAAAGUGAUGUAAGGAGUGCUGAGCAACAAAUGGGGCUAGAAAACAGCUAGGCCGGCUCCGUUAUUACAAAAUCUGCCUACCAGCACCUUUAAAGCUCACUAAUUACCACGUUGUAUCUCGUUUGAUCAAUCCGUACAAAACCGAGGUGUAAAAAUGUCAAUUUGCUGUUUUAUUUCCUGGAGUCUCUGCUGGUUGCCUAGCAACUAGUCACAGCCGCCCGUCAAACAGUGUCAGUUUUUUUGUAUGGAUUAAACAAAUGAGACACAACACAUUAAUUAGUGAGCUUUAGAGGCAGAUUUUGUUACGUUUUGACAGAGCCAGGCUGGCUUUUCACCUUUUUCCAGUCUUUGUGCUAGGCGGUAGAGCCAUACAGAUAUGAGUGGUAGCUAUAAUCUUCUCAUCCAACUCUUAGGAAGAAAGUGAAUAAGUGUGCUUUCCAAAAUGUCAGACUAUUCCUUUAAGUGUUCUUGUACAUCUGAUGGAGAUGGAUUCAUAGUCCUGAGUCUUCCUAAGCUGUGGAAACUUUCAACAACAGAAACUGAGGAAAUGGCCGUGGGCAAAGCCUAUGUGCUGAAAAAAAAUCAGUUUAAAAGUUGUUCCUGCAUUUUACCACUACUAUCCUGCAAUAAGUAUCUCUACCUGAACCACUUUGAAGCGGAUAUGCAGCGACUGGCUUUCUUCCCCCUUACUGCUCUCCUGUUCAGCCAGUUGUGAAAAUUUUGCUUUAAUCAGAGUGUUCACCUCACCAGAGUACAUAAAUAUCUCUGUGCCUCUGACACUCACCAGCUCCCUGUGACUUCAGCUUUCUAAUGUCUGGUAUUGUAUUAGGGCCAGGGCCUAUUGUGUUGUAGGCUAUUUGCAUGGCACAGAGUUAAAAUAUGGGUCAGUAAAUAAGUACUUCCACCCACAUCCUAAAGUGAUGUUGAUAGUUAAUUUUGUUGGAUUUGUGUGCUACCCAGACAUCUGUCAUCUGUAUGCGUGCCCUGCAUGUUAUGUCCCUGCCAGACCCACAUCAGUAUAUUUUUGUGCCAUGACUUGUUUCAUCACUUCCUGUCUGUAGUUACCAGCUGCCUUAUUACCGUUCACUGUUUACAAAACCUCACUUACUGUAACUGCUGCUAGUAGCACAACAAACUGAACUUUGUUCAGUCCCUCCUUUCCUGUUGCCAAUACCUCCUUUACUUCACUCCAGCUGUGUGCCCUUAAACUAAACUAUAAUCUGUAGCUCCUAACAAUAAGAAUAAUACUCUCCUCAGUCCAUUAAACACACUCCUAAGAAGCUGGCAAGGUCGCGAGCAAAGUCCAUAUGCGAUUUUUCUAAUCUUGACCGCCUGCUAAGUCCUGAAUAUGCAUGUGUGGAAGUGAAACGUAAUUGUAGUGGCAUCAGUUAAUGCAGGUCUGUCCUGUUCCCCAGCUGUUAACUGUACAUCCCUGUUGAAGCCCUAAUAAAGAACUGGUGAAAAAACACCUUUUAUCCA